CUUCAACUCCUACCCUCAACCCCAACUGUGGUUCUCACAGGAGGUGGGUGUGAGAAUUGGGUGAGCUACCCAAGUAAACACCUCAGACUUUGGCCUCCCCGCCAGAUACCAAGACAAGGAUUAGAGGAUCAUCUGAGGCACCGUGUUUUCCAGCCACUUGCAAGAAAUGAGAGUAGGGACCACUUCUCUAAUUCCAACAGUCAUCACCUGCCAAGGAAAGACUUUUUGCUGCCCACCCUAGAGAUAACAAAGCGUGGCUGCUGAGGGGAAGGUGGAGGAAAAUCAAGUCUUGAGGCAACAUCGCUCCAAAGACCUGCCCCCAAAUCCACCAGAAAUGGUUGCACGUUUUCAAAAAAUACCUAAUGGUGAAAAUGAGACAAUGAUUCCUGUAUUGACAUCAAAAAAAGCAAGUGAAUUACCAGUCAGCGAAGUUACAAGCAUUCUUCAAGCUGAUCUUCAGAAUGGCCUAAACAAAUGUGAAGUUAGUCAUAGGCGAGCCUUCCAUGGCUGGAAUGAGUUUGAUAUCAGUGAAGACGAGCCACUGUGGAAGAAGUAUAUUUCUCAGUUUAAAAAUCCUCUUAUUAUGCUGCUUCUGGCUUCUGCAGUCAUCAGUGUUAUAAUGCAUCAGUUUGAUGAUGCUGUCAGUAUCACUGUGGCAAUACUUAUCGUCGUUACAGUUGCCUUUGUUCAGGAAUAUCGUUCAGAGAAAUCUCUUGAAGAAUUGAGUAAACUUGUGCCACCAGAAUGCCAUUGUGUGCGGGAAGGAAAACUGGAGCAUACGCUUGCACGAGACUUGGUUCCAGGUGAUACAGUUUGUCUUUCUGUUGGGGACAGAGUUCCUGCUGACUUACGCUUGUUUGAGGCUGUGGAUCUUUCCAUUGAUGAGUCCAGCUUGACCGGAGAGACCACUCCUUGUUCUAAGGUGACAGCUCCUCAGCCAGCUGCGACUAAUGGAGAUCUUGCAUCAAGGAGCAACAUUGCCUUCAUGGGAACACUGGUCAUUUGUGGCAAAGCGAAGGGUAUUGUCAUUGGAACAGGAGAAAAUUCUGAAUUUGGAGAAGUUUUUAAAAUGAUGCAAGCAGAAGAAGCCCCAAAAACUCCUCUACAGAAGAGCAUGGACCUCUUAGGAAAACAACUUUCCUUUUACUCCUUUGGUAUAAUAGGUAUAAUCAUGUUGGUUGGUUGGUUACUAGGAAAAGAUAUCCUGGAAAUGUUUACUAUUAGUGUAAGUUUGGCUGUAGCAGCAAUUCCUGAAGGGCUUCCCAUUGUGGUCACAGUGACUCUGGCGCUUGGUGUCAUGAGAAUGGUGAAGAAAAGGGCCAUUGUGAAAAAACUGCCUAUUGUUGAAACUCUGGGUUGCUGUAAUGUGAUUUGCUCAGAUAAAACUGGAACUCUGACAAAGAACGAAAUGACUGUUACUCACAUAUUUACUUCAGAUGGUCUACAUGCUGAGGUUACCGGAGUAGGUUAUAAUCAGUUCGGAGAAGUGAUCGUUGAUGGUGAUGUUGUUCAUGGAUUCUAUAACCCAGCUGUUAGCAGAAUUGUUGAGGCCGGCUGUGUGUGCAAUGAUGCUGUAAUUAGGAACAACACUCUAAUGGGGAAGCCAACAGAAGGAGCUUUAAUUGCUCUUGCAAUGAAGAUGGGUCUUGAUGGACUCCAGGAGGACUAUAUCAGAAAAGCUGAAUACCCUUUUAACUCUGAGCAAAAAUGGAUGGCUGUUAAGUGUGUACACCGAACACAGCAGGACAGACCAGAGAUUUGUUUCAUGAAGGGUGCUUAUGAGCAGGUGAUUAAGUACUGUACCACAUACCACAGCAAAGGGCAGACCUUGACCCUCACCCAGCAGCAGAGAGACUUGUAUCAACAAGAGAAGGCCCGAAUGGGCUCAGCAGGACUCAGAGUUCUUGCUUUGGCUUCUGGUCCUGAACUGGGACAGCUGACGUUUCUUGGCCUGGUGGGAAUCAUUGAUCCUCCUAGAACUGGCGUGAAAGAAGCUGUUACAACACUCAUUGCCUCGGGAGUAUCAAUAAAAAUGAUUACCGGAGACUCGCAGGAGACCGCGGUUGCGAUAGCCAGUCGUCUGGGAUUAUAUUCCAAAACGUCCCAGUCAGUCUCAGGAGAAGAAAUUGAUGCAAUGGAUGUCCAGCAGCUUUCACAGAUAGUACCGAAGGUUGCAGUAUUUUACAGAGCUAGUCCAAGACACAAGAUGAAAAUUAUUAAGUCUCUGCAGAAGAACGGGUCGGUCGUAGCCAUGACGGGAGAUGGAGUAAAUGACGCCGUUGCGCUGAAGGCCGCAGACAUUGGAGUUGCAAUGGGCCAGAGCGGCACAGAUGUUUGCAAAGAGGCAGCAGACAUGAUCCUGGUGGAUGACGAUUUCCAAACCAUAAUGUCAGCAAUUGAAGAGGGUAAAGGGAUAUAUAACAACAUUAAAAACUUUGUUAGAUUCCAGCUAAGCACGAGUAUAGCAGCGUUAACUUUAAUCUCAUUGGCUACAUUAAUGAACUUCCCUAAUCCUCUCAACGCCAUGCAGAUUUUGUGGAUCAAUAUUAUCAUGGAUGGACCUCCAGCUCAGAGCCUUGGAGUAGAGCCAGUGGAUAAAGAUGUCAUUCGUAAACCUCCACGCAACUGGAAGGACAGCAUUUUAACCAAAAACUUGAUACUUAAAAUACUUGUUUCAUCAAUCAUCAUUGUGUGUGGGACUUUGUUUGUCUUCUGGCGGGAGCUACGAGACAAUGUGAUAACACCUCGAGACACAACGAUGACCUUCACAUGCUUUGUGUUUUUUGACAUGUUCAAUGCAUUAAGUUCCAGAUCCCAGACCAAGUCUGUGUUUGAGAUUGGACUCUGCAGUAAUAAAAUGUUCUGCUAUGCGGUUCUCGGGUCAAUCAUGGGACAGCUACUCGUUAUUUACUUCCCUCCACUUCAGAAAGUUUUCCAGACCGAGAGCCUAAGCGUACUGGAUCUGCUGUUUCUUUUGGGUCUCACGUCGUCAGUAUGCAUAGUGUCGGAAAUUAUAAAGAAGGUAGAAAGAAGCAGGGAGAAGAUCCAGAAGCAUGUUAGCUCACCAUCAUCGUCUUUUCUUGAAGUAUGAUGCAUAUUGCAUUCUUUUAUUUGCAAACUGGGAAUUGCAGUCUGAGGAUCACUUGGAAGGGCAAGUUCAAGAGGAUAAAUGAAGACCUGAGAACUUUUUAACUUUUCAUUGACUAAAAAUGAGCGUUAAUGUUCAAGACUUGAUUUGAGACUUUAAACCUGCUGGCAGACCCAAAUGAAAUUAUGCAACUUUGAUAACUUAACUCUUCAUUUAAAUUGGCUUUUGCGAUUGAGUGGAACUUUAUAAAGCAUAUGGGCAAUUAUUUAAUUACCAAAAAAAAAAAGAAAA